GCGUGGUGGGCGGCGCGGGGCAGGGCAGGAGCGGGUGGCGUGUCGCGGGCGUGUGUGGUGUGGGCGGUGGAGGGGACGGGUGUGAGCGGCUUCCGAGGUGGUGUUCCCGUGUGAUACAUGGGCGGCGAUAAAUGAGUGUGGCGGGAGGUGGCGUGGCCCGCCCCGUCCCCCACGCACGGACCAAUGGCGGCCUGGCUGAGGCUCGCUCCGCCCCUGGUCGGAGCCACCAGGGGGCAGCAGCAGGCGACUGUGGACGGGCGGCGUUAGCGAGCGGGAACCAACAAGUCGUCCCCAGUCUGAGGGAGGCCCUCUCGCAGCGCGCACAACGCCGUGUGUCGCCGUGGUCCCCAAGGCCAGUGUGUACAGCCGCGUGCAGCGCAGUGCUGUGACGGGCGGCCCAGUGUGUGUGACGUGCUGCCCCGUGUGGUGACGCCCCGGGUGAUCCUCGUUGGCACCCUCGUGACAGCAUCCAGUGACACCCUGAGUGACAUGCGGCAGCCCGCCCGCUAGUUAGUGCUGCCGCAGGAGCCGCCCAGCUCAGUUUUGUGACGCACCGCGGCCUGCACUGGGAAAGGUGGCUGCCUCUGAAGGAGGUUCGGGCCCCGAGGUGGGCGGUGGGUGGCCGGGUGCGGGCGGUAUCGGAGGAUUGGGUGGGUUCACAGUGGCUCCCCACCCUCUGUUGGGCAGCAUGGCGGCGCCAGGGCCUGACGCCCAGGGCGGCGCGGGGGGCGAUAACCCUGCCAAGGACAUGGCCGCCCUGCAGAACUUCCAGUCCAUGGAUUGGCUCUUCAAGAAGGAACGCAUCUUUCUGCUCGCCCAGUUCUGGCAACAGAGAGCGGCACUGGCUGAGAAUGAAGUACACACGUUGAAGGAACAGCUGGAGACGGUCAAGUGCCAGAAACUGAAGGAAAGCAACAACAACAACAGCAGCAACAACAACAACAUCAACAGCAGUACCAGUCCGAAUAACAACAACAACAGCAUCAGUAACAGUAGCACUAUCAACGGGAACAGUGUAACCAACAGUAGCAGCGCCUCCUCCACUACCACCACUACCUCUUCCUCGUCCUCUUCCUCCUCCUCAUCUUCCUCCGCCACCACGACCUCCACCACCACCACCACCACCUGCCCCUCAGACACGGGCAUCGAUCUGGUGGAUUCCUCUGAAAUUAGCGAGAGAAUAGGAAGAAAGACGCCUAUGGAGGAAAUUAUUCAGUCAAAAGAGAAAGAGGUACGUGGAGCUUCCAUGUACAGCUCUACCUCGUCUCUGUCACUCCAGGAAGCCGCAGAAGUGUCCAAGUUAGUGGAGGACAUCUCGCGGCUCCAGGCGGCGCUCUCCGGCGUGAAGGAGGCGUCAGCGGCACAGAUGCAGGCAAUGGAGGAGCAGCUUGAGCAAAAGAACAGACUUAUUCACCGCCUCGAGCAGAAACUUGAGCACUCCACACUCGAAGAAGUCAAGAGAGAUUUCCAGAGUAAUAGGGAGAGGGACGCACGGCUGGGACCUGAAGGGCUAGGACUUCCACCUCGCUCCUUGGAAAGCCUUCUCGCCGACAGGAGCAAGUCAGACCACGAACUGAAGAUACCCACCUCAGAAUUCGGCAAACAGAUGCAUGAUGUUUAUGCCUCACAACUUCCCCACAUGGGCCACACACACCUCCACCCCCCCUUGAGACCCCACUUCCCUCCGCCCCUCGCCCCUCCGCCAAUGCCCUCCCCCAUCCCACCUCUCGCCGGACACCCCCAACCUGGGACACCACUGCACCACCUGUUUGGAGACGAGUGGCGCAGGUCCCUUGAAAGAACUGCCCAGGAGCGUCACCAUCUUAAUUCAGCAGGCCAGAUGUCCCCAGAUAGCGGAGGCGGGCCUGUGGAGAGAUCUGAUUCAAGGGACUCGCCGCUUGGGGAUGUCAAUAUGAAAAGUCCUUCCUCGCUCGUGAACGGCUUCCCACACGAAACUAAGAGUCCCUUCCAGCCGAGAGACGACCGCUCGCCCUUCAAAGAGGAGAUCUCGCCCUUAGCAUUCAAGUUCGAGGACAGGAUCACUGGAGAGUCUCUGAUACCCAAGGGUGACCCGAUGGAAGCUCGCCUGCAGGAGAUUCUAAGAUUCAACAUGGAGAAGUAUUGCCAGCAGAGUUUGGACACACUUUGCCUUGCCCGCCGCGUGAGGGAGCUACUGUCCAUUCACAACAUCGGCCAGAGACUCUUCGCUAAAUACAUCCUCGGACUGUCCCAGGGCACAGUGUCGGAGCUCCUCUCUAAGCCGAAGUGCUGGGACAAGCUUACCGAGAAGGGCCGUGACUCCUACCGCAAGAUGCACGCGUGGGCCACCGACGAGAACGCCAUCUACCUUCUCAAGUCACUCAUCCCCAAGAAAGCUUGCCGUAGGAAACCCGAUCCUUGCCUGAUGCCAAAUGGUGUGCAUCCUUUUACCUGGCCAUCCGCAUCAGGAACGAAGGAGUGUAGCACCGGUUUUCGCGGCCCGGACGAGACGGUGACAGAGGAACGCAUCCAACACAUUCUGAGCGAGGCGUCCCGAGCCAUGACCUCCACCUCGGUGCCCGCCCAAGGUCCCCAGCAGGAUCAGGACUCACGUAGCACUGAUUCAAAAUCCCCAGCUAGUUCCACACACUCCCCCAGCAGCCCGCUUUCCAGGGACGCCAGACGCAUGCGCAAGUUUGAUAACGACGACAUGCCGCAGGAAAAGGUGGCCAAGAUUUACCAGGACGAGUUGAUGAAGCUCAUGUCCAGACCACAGGAGCCCCCACUGCCACUCCCCCGCGACCCACAGUACCCCGGCAUCCUGUUCCCCUUCCUAGGCCAAACGCUGCUCUUCAAUCGUUCCCCGGAAGAGGUCAAGAUGGCCGUGGAUGCUUACCGACAGGAGCUCGGCAAACUGCAAAGUUCCGCCACUGGUUUUGGUUUGGGUCCCGCUGGUCUUGCUUUGGAUGGCGCUGGCGGGCUGGGCGUGGGUGUGGGCGGAGCAGUGGGUAUGGGCAUUGGUUUAGGUACGGGCGGCCUUCAUAACGGCGCCCAAGACCUGUCCCUGCCGAAGCGAGAACAGAGAAGUAUUGACGAUGAUGAGGAUGGCAGGAACCUAAGCGCAGCGUCACCAUUCUGUCCCACGCGAUCCAAGGCAGAGACGAGUAUCACUACGCCCACAUCUCUUAGCAGUCUGAGUUCGUCUACGCCAAUUAGCAACCUUGUAACGCCAAUCACCUCAAUCGCAGUUAGUAGCAGCAGCGGAGAAGACUUGAACGUGUCCGCCUCGCCGCUACAACGUAUGGCAUCCAUCACAAAUUCGCUCAUGACAGGGCCGUCUAUUCCCACCAACGCGCCUGUCCCGCAGAAGCCCCUCAAGGCGAUCCUGCCGCCCAUCACACAGCAGCAGUUUGAUCAGUAUAGCAAUCUUAACACGGAGGAUAUUGUCAAGAAGGUGAAGGAACAGCUAAGUCAGUACAGCAUUUCACAGCGGCUGUUUGGGGAGAGUGUGUUGGGGUUGUCACAAGGAUCCGUGUCUGAUCUCCUCGCCCGACCUAAACCCUGGCACAUGCUCACACAGAAGGGUCGUGAGCCGUUUAUUCGCAUGAAGAUUUUCCUCGAGGACGACAACGCUGUCCACAAAUUGGUAGCGUCCCAAUACAAAAUAGCGCCAGAGAAGCUGAUGAGGACCGGAGGAUACACAGCCCCGCCCCUGUAUUUAGUCGGUGGUUGUCCACUGCCCGGGGGUUUGGGGGGGCCAGGGGCGCGGCUCCCCGGCAUGUUGUCCACUUCUGGUUCACCCACCCUUCCGCCAUACACAAGUAGCGGGAAGCCACACCCUCUCAAGCUUGCCGCUGACCUCCCGAAGAGCAUCGAGUCCCCCCUCCCUCCCGUGGGCAUUCCCCCCUCCCUGGGCGGCCUCCCUCUGUCCUCCCACCCGAUGCCCUUCGACACCAGAAUGCCCCCACUCGACCCCCUCCGGAAGGGUCCGCUGAGCAACCCUCGCCACCCCGGCCCCGUGGCGCCCUCCGUGUACGAGAUGGCGGCCCUCACCCAGGACCUGGACACUCAGGUCAUCACCACCAAGAUCAAGGAAGUCCUGCUGGCCAACAACAUUGGACAGAAGCUGUUCGGCGAAGCUGUGCUGGGUCUGUCCCAGGGCUCUGUGUCUGAGCUGCUGAGCAAACCCAAGCCGUGGCACAUGCUGAGCAUCAAGGGCCGCGAGCCGUUCAUCCGCAUGCAGCUGUGGCUCAACGACCCGCGCAACCUGGAAAAGCUGCAGCACAUGAAGAACGAGCGGCGAGAGGCCAGCAAGCGGCGGCGCGCCCUGGACCCAAGCGCCGAGGUGUCGCAAGACUCGCAGGAUGUGUUCCAGGCACCCUCCCCGGGCGGCACCUCCAAGAAGCAGCGCGUGCUGUUCUCCGAGGAACAGAAGGAGGCCCUCAAGCUGGCCUUCGCCCUCGACCCCUACCCCAAUCUGGCCAAUAUUGAGUUCCUGGCCCAGGAGCUCCAGCUGUCCACCCGCACCAUCACCAACUGGUUCCACAACCACCGCAUGCGGCUCAAGCAGUAUCCGGGCAGCCCAGGCGGCAGCAGCUCACCCUCGCGCGAGCCGCCGCAGCCGCCCCCCGGCCAGGCACAGGGACAGACCUUUGACCCGCUUAACUUCCGCAUCUUGCUGUCACAGCGGAUACUGGAGGUACGGAAGGAGAAAGGCCUGCCCCCCACCCUGCCCGGCCUGGGCCCUGGCCUGCCACCCGGCCUGUUCCCGCACCUGCCGCACCUGGGGCCACACCCCCUGGCUGGCCACAGCCUGGACCGUGACCUGGGCAGCGGCCUCGACCUCUCUAUGAAGUCCGAGAACGACUUCGACGACAACUCUCUCGACGAAGACUCCAACAUGUCGGGCGCCAUGAGUCCCGGCGGCGGCCGCUCCGAGGGGGAGGGCGAGGACCGCGAUGGGCGCGGCGCUCCCUCGCCCGUGGCGCGCUCCUCUCGCCGCAAACCCGCCGCCCCACAGUGGGUGAACCCGUCGUGGGCGUCGGGUGAUGGCCCCAAGGAGAGGGAGGUGAUCAUUAACGGCGUGUGUGUCAUGCAGACGGACGACUACCGCCCGCGGGACCAGCAGGAGACGGUGCGCAUUGAACCCACGCCCGUGGAAGAGGCGCGCGCACGCUCCCUCAAGGAGGAGCAGGAGGAGGAGCACGAGGAGGACCUGCAGCAGCCCGCCUCCUCCAUGCCCACCCCGCCCCCCCGCCCUGACCCCUCCGAGGGUGAGUCUGGCCCCCUGCAGGAGGAGGAGGCCGCCGGCCCCCAGGAGGGCCCCGCGCCGGGUCCUGACGCUCCCCCCGCCGAGGAGGGCGAGGUGGAGGAGGAGGAAGAGGCGUGAUGUUAGUGUCGGUCUAAGGAAGACGCUUUUGGAUUCCAGAGUUUAUCCCGUUGUUCUUAGAGUGUUGUUGUUCGUGCAGCGUACCAAAGGUGGGCCCAGGCGGCGGCGGCGGCGGCGGCGGCGGCGGCGGACACCUUUCUGGAAUCUCGUAGGCACGUUGUGGGCCUAUAAAAUCACAAUUUAGACUCUCAAGUCAUAAGUCCUACAAAAGGUCAACCUCUGUUAUUUUAUUAUGAAAUGUUCGUGUGUUUUACUUGUUAACUUGUCGAAAGGUUUGUACAUACAUUUUUCCUUACCCAAACUUUUUUUUCACGGAGCUCCCCUUAGGGUAGGUGACUUCAGGUAUUUAGAAUGCCAUAACCCUGAGCUUGUCGCCGGUGCGGCCGCCCACACCAGACACCAGGCCCGCCAGCACCACCACCAUCAACACCACCAACACCAACACACAACUUCACAUUCGAGUAUACAAGAGACGAGUCGCCACCCCCAAGAAAGCCGGCGCGGCGGUGGGCCCGGCAGCAGCCACUGCCUCAUGUCACAAAGGCAGUACACGCGGCACCUCCACCAGCCCCCGCCGGACCCCCGGUACUGUGACGCUUUCAGCCGGGUGGUCCCGCGGGCGGCUGUGGGAGUUGGUGCCGCGUGUGCCUGAGGGCGUGGGCGUGGAGCGACAGACAGACUCGUUCUAGUCUUCAUCUCAAGACACGACCGCCCACUGCCAUCGCUCGGUGAACGAUGGACUGAUGGACUGAACAAACUCUCGCCUGACGAGCCGCGACACUUUGGCCACGCUGUCAGACCUUCCACACUGACCUGGUGUCGCUGCGCCAGCUGUACAGCCGGUGACCUGAGGCUCCACGAAGAGAAAUUAUGUACACUUUACAACCCCGAGGGGCCACUGACACAAAUGAGCCACAAAGGGACUGCUGGUGAUACGUGAUUCGCUACAUGACUGGCUGCGUGUAAAUGAGGAGCUCCCACGUGAUUGGCGGAGCUCCGGGAUGAAGUGCAAGGCUGACUGGUAACUGGACGCAAAGGAAAUGUGAGUAGAUUUAAGAAGGUACGAGAAAAGUAACAAGUAACGUGGUGAGAUCAGGGAGAGAACAUGGUAAUUGUAAUAAGGAGAUUUUAGGGAGAGACUCAGAGUUUCAGAAAGCCUGAGCGACGGAUGAAGCUUCGAGCCAAUCACUCACUCGGUUCUGUCUUCUCCAAACUCAAUGCAACACAAAAGCAACCAACCGCACCAACAAAAAUAAAGUAGCAAGUUAAAAAAAAAAAAAACAGACAACCCCGCAGAAAAGUACAAUUCUCAAUAACCAAAAAAAAAGUAUUCAGUUACAUAAAAACAUUAAACAAACGAACGUACACAAAAAAGUACGGUAAUUUUGAGAGAAACGUGUAAUAAUCACUGAAGAGAACACAGACCUUCUAAAAAAGACUAUAAAUCAUGGAAACUAAACACUCAAGGAUCGAUUUGGUGUAAUGUAGCGCGUUCUCUCCUUCUAUGACCCCUCCUCUCCUCCCUCCCUCCCUCCCUUCAGGACCCUCCCCUAUGGACAGGUGGAGGAACAAGAGGGGGGGAGGGGCUAUUGUGAGCCUUGGAGCGAUAUUUUGAAUGUUCUGUGUCGUCAAACGAUUUGUUUCUUCUCUUCUUUUUUUGCUUUUUUUCUGCCUGACUGAUGAUGAUGAUUGUGAUUCCUGACUACUUUGUACUUCCUGUGUGUGUGUGUGUGUGUGUGUGUGUGUCGGGUGGCAGGAAGGCAUCGAGAGGAAAAACGACACACAAAUGGAGGGAAAAAUGAAAGGGAAACUGCAAUUAUUUCCAUCCUCUUGUAUAGAUUUGACAUUUAUCUGUAACAAUCAAAGCUUCUUCCUCACAACCUCUCCUCCUCCUCCUCCUCCUCCUCCUCCUCCUCCUCCUCCUCCUCCUCCUCCUCCUCCUCCUCCUCCUCCUCUUUCCUCUUCCUCCUCCACCCUUCCCAGCCCCUCCCUCUUUCCUUCCCUUCUCUUUCUCUCUCAGGAAAAGGGAAAUUACCCCACGAUUUCAAUGGAAUGGUCAUCAGGAAAAGAUUUUACUAUAUUGAAGGAAGUGAUGACAUAAUUAUACGUGGAGGAGGAAGAGGAGGAGGAGGAGGAGGAGGCUAAUAAAGGGAAGGAAAGAUAAAGAAAGGAAUGAAG